CAGAAGGAAGCAAGAUGAUCUGGAAAUCUUUACUUUUGCUGUACUCUGAAGCUAAUUUGCUUCAGGCUAGAGAUUUUGGGUGCUGCUGAAAUUUUGGUGAUCUGGGAAAAUAGGGUAAUAGAAUAACAUGACACCAGAUCUUAAGCAGCAACAUCUGCUGUGGUUCAAAGCCACACAAAGAAAGCUACUUAAGCAGUUGAAUGUUUUGGACUGCACGGACAAGUGCGGUUCAACUGCAAAGACUGCAGAGUAGAGGGAACUUACAGCUUAGAGAAGUUGUUUAAAAAUGGAGUCCUGGAAGAUGAGCAUCUUUAAGAGACAAGCAUCACCUUGUCCUCCAAGCUAUCGAAGAUCUUUAUCAGAACCUGCUUAUGCAAAUUCAGAGAUAGGAACAAGUUUAAAGAGUUAUCCAUGGUGUGGUCCAGUGAAAAGCAAGAGGAAGAAAAACGAACAUGUUUCCAAUUUAGGAAAGCCAUUGAGUGCUUAUCGGUGGCAAACACAUCCCAGCCUUAGGUGCAAAGGGUGCAAGAAAGAGAGUAUGCAAAAUAAUACAGGAGAUUUGGAUGAAACACAACAAAACGUCCUGCCAAAGAUGGUUGAAAAUGAUGCUCCUGCUUCUGCUGAUGAGGUCCUUGGAACAUCAACAGAGAAGCUGAACCUGGCCAACACCCGGUCACUUCGGGUUCCAUUCACCAGAUCUAUUUCAGAGCCAGAACCCCGCUGCAGUAUCAGAUUUGUUAGACCAUGGUCAACUUCAGUAAGGUCGGUGGAGUCUGAGCAGCAGGGAUAUUUCAUCCGUGGCAUUUUCUCUACUCUUUCCAAUGGCUUCUCCAGGAUGCUGAGUCUAAAAGGAGAAUCAACCAAUGAGCCAGUAAGAGAAGAUGUGAAAGGGCCACCUACGCACCGUCUGUCUUGUGGCCAGUCGCCCUACACUGAGACGACAACAUGGGAGCGGAAGUAUUGCAUCCUCACGGAUAGCCAGUUGGUGUUGCUCAACACGGAGAAGGAGAUCCCUGGGGAGGGAGGCCAGGAGCAGCAGGCGGACUCUACCAAAGGAAGAUGCCUGAGGAGAACUGUCAGUGUCCCUUCUGAGGGUCAGUUUCCUGAGUACCCACCAGAGGGCGCCGCCAAAUUGGAGGUGCCAGCGGAAAGAUCCCCCCGCAGACGGAGUAUCUCAGGGACCAGUACAUCAGAGAAACCCAACUCCAUGGACACUGCAUAUACCUCACCCUUCAAAGUGCCAGGGUUCUUCAGCAAGCGCCUGAAAGGCUCCAUCAAGAGGACCAAAAGCCAAUCAAAGCUUGACAGAAACACGAGCUUUCGGCUUCCAUCCCUUCGCAAUACAGAUGACAGGUCUCGUGGGCUGCCUAAAUUAAAAGAGUCCCGUUCCCAUGAGUCCUUGCUGAGCCCAUGCAGUGCAGUGGAGUGUCUGGACCUUGGCAGAGGGGAGCCUGUAGCAGUGAAACCGCUCCAUAGUAGCAUCCUUGGACAGGACUUCUGCUUUGAGGUUACCUACUUAAGUGGAAGUAAAUGCUUCAGCUGUAACUCUGCUUCGGAGAGAGAUAAGUGGAUGGAAAACCUUCGCAGGACAGUUCAACCAAAUAAGGACAAUUGCAGACGAGCUGAAAAUGUUCUCCGUUUAUGGAUCAUUGAAGCCAAGGACCUCGCCCCUAAAAAGAAAUAUUUCUGUGAACUGUGCCUUGAUGAUACCCUCUUUGCUCGUACAACCAGCAAGACCAAAGCAGACAAUAUUUUCUGGGGUGAACAUUUUGAAUUCUACAGCCUUCCACCUCUUCAUAGCAUCACAGUUCACAUUUAUAAAGAUGUGGAAAAAAAGAAAAAAAAGGACAAGAAUAAUUAUGUAGGACUAGUCAACAUCCCCACUGCCAGUGUGACUGGUCGCCAGUUUGUGGAAAAGUGGUAUCCAGUGAGUACACCAACACCCAACAAAGGAAAGACAGGAGGACCUUCCAUUCGGAUUAAAUCACGUUUCCAAACUAUCACCAUUCUGCCUAUGGAGCAAUACAAAGAAUUUGCAGAAUUUGUCACCAGCAACUACACCAUGCUGUGUUCUGUCCUUGAACCAGUAAUUAGUGUGAGAAAUAAAGAGGAGUUGGCCUGUGCCUUAGUGCACAUUCUUCAAAGUACUGGCAGAGCCAAGGAUUUUCUGACUGACUUGGUGAUGUCUGAAGUGGAUCGUUGCGGAGAGCAUGAUGUCUUGAUCUUCAGAGAGAACACCAUUGCCACCAAGUCCAUUGAGGAAUACCUCAAACUGGUGGGACAACAGUAUCUUCAUGAUGCAUUGGGGGAAUUCAUCAAAGCAUUGUAUGAGUCAGAUGAGAACUGUGAAGUGGAUCCCAGCAAAUGCUCUUCUAGUGAAUUGAUAGACCAUCAGAGCAACCUGAAAAUGUGCUGUGAGCUGGCUUUCUGCAAGAUCAUCAACUCUUACUGUGUUUUCCCUCGUGAGUUGAAAGAAGUGUUUGCAUCAUGGAAGCAGCAGUGCCUGAACCGUGGCAAGCAGGACAUCAGCGAGCGGCUCAUCAGUGCCUCGUUGUUUCUGCGUUUCCUGUGCCCAGCCAUCAUGUCUCCCAGCCUCUUCAACCUUAUGCAGGAGUAUCCUGAUGACCGCACGUCUCGGACUCUGACUCUAAUUGCCAAGGUCAUUCAGAACCUGGCUAACUUUGCCAAAUUUGGUAACAAAGAAGAAUACAUGGCAUUCAUGAAUGAUUUUUUAGAACAUGAGUGGGGUGGAAUGAAGCGCUUUCUUCUGGAGAUCUCUAACCCAGACACCAUCUCAAACACCCCAGGCUUCGAUGGUUACAUUGACCUGGGCCGGGAGCUCUCAGUCUUGCAUUCCUUGCUGUGGGAAGUAGUUUCUCAGCUUGACAAGGGUGAAAAUUCCUUCCUACAGGCAACGGUGGCAAAACUGGGACCUCUCCCUCGAGUUCUUGCUGAUAUCACCAAGUCUCUGACUAAUCCCACGCCAAUCCAACAACAACUGAGACGCUUCACUGAGCAUAACUCCAGUCCCAAUGUCAGUGGAAGCCUCUCGUCUGGGCUGCAGAAAAUAUUUGAAGACCCCACUGACAGUGAUUUGCAUAAACUAAAGUCCCCAAGCCAGGACAACACAGAUAGCUAUUUCAGGGGGAAAACAUUAUUGCUGGUUCAGCAAGCCUCUUCCCAGAGCAUGACUUACUCUGAGAAGGAUGAAAAGGAAGGCAGCCUUCCUAACGGUCGGAGCAUCUCCCUCAUGGACCUCCAGGACACGCACGCUGCUCCAGUGGAGCACGCAUCCAUCAUGCUCGAUGUGCCUCUGCGCCUGACCGGAAGCCAGCUUUCCAUGACCCAGGUGGCCAGCAUCAAGCAGCUGCGGGAAACCCAGAGCACGCCCCAGAGUGCACCCCAAGUGAGAAGACCCCUGCACCCAGCCUUGAACCAGCCAGGCAGCCUCCAGCCCUUGUCAUUCCAGAACCCCGUCUAUCACCUCAGUAACCCAAUUCCAGCAAUGCCAAAGGCCUCUGUGGAUUCCAGUUUGGAGAACCUAAGCACUGCCAGUUCCAGAAGCCAAAGCAACAGUGAAGACUUCAAACUCAGUGGACCCAGCAACAGCAGCAUGGAAGACUUCAGCAAACGUAGCACUCAGAGUGAGGACUUCUCCAGGCGGCACACUGUGCCAGACAGACACAUACCUCUUGCUCUGCCCCGGCAAAACAGUACUGGGCAGGCCCAGAUUCGAAAAAUGGACCAGGCUGGGUUGGGUGCCCGAGCCAAAGCCCCGCUGUCCCUGCCACACAGUGCUUCCUUACGGAGCACGGGGAGCAUGUCCGUGGCCUCGGCAGCCCUGGUUGCCGAGCCCGUGCAGAAUGGUAGCCGGUCCCGGCAGCAGUCCUCUUCCUCCAGAGAGAGCCCUGUUCCCAAGGUGAGAGCGAUCCAGAGACAGCAGACGCAGCAGGUGCAGUCACCUGUGGACUCUGCCACAAUGUCCCCAGUAGAGAGGACAGCAGCUUGGGUUCUGAACAAUGGGCAGUAUGAAGAGGAUGUGGAAGAAACUGAGCAAAAUCAAGAUGAAGCCAAGCAUGCUGAGAAGUAUGAACAGGAAAUCACUAAACUGAAGGAGCGCCUGCGAGUAUCCAGCCGGCGGCUAGAGGAGUACGAACGCCGGCUGCUGGUGCAGGAGCAGCAGAUGCAGAAGCUGCUGCUGGAAUACAAGGCCCGGCUGGAGGACAGCGAGGAGCGGCUGCGCAGGCAGCAGGAGGAGAAGGACAGCCAGAUGAAGAGCAUCAUCAGCAGGCUAAUGGCUGUGGAAGAGGAACUGAAGAAGGAUCAUGCUGAGAUGCAAGCAGUUAUUGAUGCAAAGCAGAAAAUAAUCGAUGCACAGGAAAAACGGAUCGUGUCCCUGGAUUCAGCCAACACCAGACUGAUGAGCGCGCUGACCCAGGUGAAGGAGCGGUACAGCGUGCAGGUCCGCAACGGCGUCUCUCCCACCAACCCCACCAAGCUUUCCAUCACGGAGAAUGGUGAAUUCAAAAACAGCAGCUGCUGACGGCCUUGCUGACUGCACAGACUGUGGGAGGAGACAGAAGGAAAUGUCCCCGCUCUCCUGUCCCCAGCCCUUCACCCAGCCCCUCCUGGUUUACAGAACGUUGCUACUCAGAACAGCGGUGUGACAAGAAACUCUCAAAUGAAGAAGGAACCUUGUCUUUCAGGGCAAAGGCUGAGACGUCCGAGGUCGAUGCUUUCCCCCAUGUCUCUGUGUACAUAGGGAACUUAGUUCUGGGCCAUGUACAGAAAAUUCUACUGUAAUAUACCCAAAGGAAGUUAAUAAUGUAGAUUACCUUUUUAAUUAUUGCUAUUUUUAUUAUUGUUUUCCUCUUGUUGAAAGCACUGCAUUUUUUAGAGGAGGAAGGUAGGAACUAUGUGUGAGUGAGAAAUGAGCCCGGCGGUUCAGUAGGUAGAGACCCAUUGUCUGUCUGUCUGUCUGUCUGUCUGCCUGCCUGCCUGCCUGCCCGCCCGGUAGAAGCGCACAGCGUGCAAUAGGACAUUGUCAGAAUGAAUUUUUCAGGGAUUCAUCUGCCAGUUAAAAAAACCCACCCAGCCCCCUUGUCCUUUAGGAAGACAUGCAAAUACUGAGGUCCAAACAAAACAUUUUAUCCGACUGAUCAACCAAGACUGGUUCUGGAUGGACAGCUACUCCGCCUGGGGACACGCUUGGGGAUAGGACUCAGGCGAGAGCUCGCGCAUCAAAAGUGGACUUUAGGAGUGAUUUUCCUUGAACUCCUGCUGAUGUCAUUCCUUCUGUCGCAAGCAGAUGGGAAGUUUUCAUUUUAGAUAGGGGGCUGGUUUUUUACCCCAGUUGUAAUAAAGGGUGUUAUUUUUCCUCUUUAGAGUUUACAAAACUAUAAAUAUUUGUGUCUCUACACACCAUCUUUACCUUCGCACACCCACUGCCCUCCACCCCCGUGGUGGCAGCAGUAUCACCAACAGGGUUUCCUCUCCCGGGAGAGGUUCUUCCAAUGUGCUGUCCACAAAUCAUCCACCACAGACUCCCUUUCUUCCACACAGAAAAGGGCUAACCAUACCAUAGCAGGAAUCUCUAUUUCCUAUUUUAAAAAAGAAAACAAAAAAAUUUUUCUAUUUGUAAAUUAUAAUUUUUAUUUGAGAUGAAGAUUUUAUUCAUUGUACUAGCUUAUCUCUAGGCAGGGUAAUCUUAUCUCAAUCUUAAACUUUUAAAUUGCUUCUUUCUCUGUUCCUUAAGUAAAAUUUGGAAAGGAAAUUUAAAUCUGAAGCAUCACUCUCUGAAAAGUGACGCCUACUCUUGUAAGAAAAGAAACCCAAAGUCUGGGGCAGCGAGUUCCGCUCGUUACUCCUGUGCUGUCUGUCGGCCGGCAGAUUUGUCAAUAAUGACUGUUUCACCAGUUGUCAUCCUUGGCCUUAGAGCAGGACAGAAACAGUCGUGGAAGCUAAUCGAUUUCCUUUUUUCCAAAGGUGUGAGAUGUCAUCUUGAAUUCAACCCUGAUUAUCAGAAGAAUAGAAUGUUACAUGUUAGCCAUUAUAUAUACAAAAAUAUAUACAUAUCUAUUCACACAUGUGUACAUGUAACCACACAAAUAGGGAAUGUUCUUGCCUUCUGUGCUGUGAGAUACAUUGAGAGUUUUGAAUCUCUUUAAGCAAGAUCUAAGCCAUUGUUUCUAUUGAGAAGAAACAUUUCUCAAAUAAGUUAAUGAUAUUUAUUUUAAAUUAUAAACUUUUAAGGAAAUGUUUAGAAAGGAAAAGGGGAGACAGAGGAAAAAACCUGAGGGAGCCAUAUGCGUGGAGUGAGUGUUUUUACAUAACAGAAUAUUCGGACGGGAGCAGAGAACAUGGACCUGUCGGGUCUUCUUUUGAGUGAAGCCCAGACAGCGGCACCAAGCACCCUUCGAGCAGCACCCCAGCGUUAGUGCUGCCCUCUCUCGGGGGUCUUUGUGCUGGACCUUUCGUCUCAGCAACUGCACCAUGGCCCCCCAAUUCAUGACCUUUUAGUAUUUCCCUUCAUCACACCCCUAUUUCUGCCAGUCAGAGAUCUAAAACAGGAGUUUCUCAUAAUGCUUUUCUGAUCUACAGACCUCAUGCCCACAUGUUUGGUACCCAGAUAUUAUUUUGACCCUUGGUAGUCAUUUUACAAUUUCUUCUCUCUCCCCUCCAAGCUGAGGGCACACUGUGGUCAAAAUCGCUUAUUUAAAUGGGGACUAAUAUCAACCAAUUCUGCAGUAGUGCCCUGUGUUGGAGGGGUCAUGCAAACAUGGGUCUGCUGGAACUCGGCUACAGCCAGGUUUAAUUCAUUCUUUACAAAGCCUUCAGCUGUGCUGCAGAAAACCUGUGAAAGAAUUGUCGGUUUCAAGGGCCUCAUGUAAUGAGGGCGAUGUCUUGCUUGAGGUUAGGAAGCUGUCAGGUGCUGGUUAUGGAUUACAGAGGGCUGAUAAAUUUACCUGAACUGGGGGCCUGGGGGAGACACACAACAUCAAAUGUGUUUUUUGGUGGAGGCAAUUUAUCUUGUUGGCAUGUGGGAGCUCCUUGGAGCUGCCUACUUUGGAAGAUUAAAUGCCCAAAUGUGUGGCUAGAUUAUACAGCCCCCUGUGAUCAGGUUAUAUCGAAUGAAGAGAAGAGAGUAAAAAUAAGUAAGGUUAAAAGUAAGCUAGAAGUUCUGAGUUGUUGCCAGAUGUUAAAUUUUAGAUUAUCCUUUAAGCCUGUUUCUAUCCAGAUAUUUUUCUGCAUUUGUCUUUAGAGAAUGCUGCAAUCUCUAGCACUUAUCCUAAAAGAUUUUUCCCCUUAAGUAUAGAAGAAGGCAGAACCGCCGACUCUUGGUGGAGGUACAGCUUAAUUGCCCUUCCUCAGCCGGUGUGCUGCUGGGAUCAAGGGCGUGGUGAAGAAGCAUGGGCACUGAGGUGGCUUGUCCUGCACGUCACCACAUUGCAGGGCAUGGCACCAGGGCCGCGUGGAAUGUGGAGGUCGGGGGACACGCUUGCUAUGUGUGUGUCCCUGACAACCAGACUGGGCCAUUGACAGGGAGAAGUGCUGGCAGGAUUCAGGAAAAGAGCUUCAUAUUUCCCUUUUGUAUCACUGGGCCAGUGCUGCAAAAAGAGUUACAUUUCCAUCGGGUCAGCAUUCCCUGAGUCUCUGCCAUACAAGCCCUGACACAGGGGAGAUUGUAACUAGGCAACUGUAACAAACACUCGAGCACUUCCUGUGUGCCUGGCCCUAUUGCCAAGGUGCCAUUGGGGUCUAGGGCAAUCUGUUGGUAAGGGAAAGGUCGCAAAAUGAGGUAACCAUGCUGCUAUAGCUUUUGGCUUUCUCCAGCAGGCUAAUCCAGUUGGACAGAAUUAGCCUUCUCUGGUCUGCUUCCACCUUCCCCUACGAUGCUAUUUGACAGGCCCAGAAAGAGUAGGAUUUUCUGUCUAUGACUACUGUGUGCCCUUGAGAAUUAGCUUGAAUAAGGAGUCGGCCUUCUCAUCUUCGUCUUCCUGUGGCCUUUGUUUACGGAGCUGUAGUUCUGCCCACCCAGGCUCUCACACUGUCCUCGGGUGCAGCAGGUUGGAAGCGGGGCUGUUGUGGAAGUCCCAGGGUGUGAAGAUUGCGUCAAGUGAGCUGGCACCGGUGUCUGCUCCUUCCAUCUAGGGUUAGCUCUAGUCUUCAGGUGGGAGCUCCUGAGAGGGCUGGCUGUGGGCUGAACUUGGGGAAGGGACCCUCUGCAGGAUUACCAAGUCCCAAGUGACCCUGAGCCCCAGGCUUGCCACCAGACUGGACUUGUCACUGGGCCUGACUCCGCAGCUCUGGAGCCCAUGCCACAGCUUAGCUGAGCUUGCAGCCACACCUUGGAGGCCGCCUUCUGCAGACCGGAAAGGGCUUUCUUCCCCCUCCCCCUCCCUGUUCUAGUCUAGCAGUGAAACCUCCUUUUUGCCCAGUCAUAAGCAGUUGCCUCCCACCCCUACCUGGGGGCAAGAAUUUGGGGUACUUUGUUCUUAUGAUAUGUCCAUUGAAAGGACCUAUUUUACUAGUUUUUCAAAGUAAGAUAGACUUGGGUGUUGAAGUUUUAAAUAGAAUUUCUUUUUGUGUUUGACUGUUAUUUGUUCUAGAAGCGUUCUCUUGUCCUCGUGACCCAGUUAUGAAGCUCUUGAGUUUAGCCGUUGAGUUUAGGAAGGACAGAGGUGAUGAGAUUUGCAUAAGCGAGGAGAAACACCUUCCGAGGAGUGAACGAGCUGAGGAAGACGACAUGAUCCAAAAGGGGAGGACUGUGCGCAGCAGCCUUCUCAGUAGCCCAAAGGUUCAAGGAAACAGGACUAUUUACAGCCUCUGCCUGCUCUUAAAAUACCUAGAUAUAUGGCAAGGCCGUGUCUGUGGACAGCUCGUGCACACCCACACAGCACACAGUUCCCGGGGCCCCCUCUCUCUGACUGCCAGUCCAUCGCCCAGCAGUGAUGCGCACUUUCCUGGGCUGUUUAGAUUUUACACUCUCACUUGUUACAUUUUAUGACAGUGGUUCUCUCUUUUUUGUACCAUAUGUGUUAUAUGUGUGUAUAUAUAUAUAUAUAUGUUAUAUACAUAUAUAUAUAUAUGUUAAAGUAACCUGAAAUUGAUUUGGGGCGUCAUAGAAGGAAAGUUAAAUCUCACUAAUCUGGAUUCUGGCCCACAAAGAUCAGUGGGAUCCAGAAUGAAGUAGUUGUGGUUCCUGAUCAGUUGAUCCUCAGGUAUUGGCAUCACCAACCCAGCCAGACUUGGCAAAUGCAGUAAGCCACCCAAGGAAAGCAAAAUGGUGGUUUUUACCCAAAUUUCAUCAUGCAUUUUACUUUCCUACUUAGUUCUUAUUUUUUACUCAAAUGCCCUCCUUUUUCCCUAGGAAAUGUUUUACUUAGUUCAAGACCUAGAACCAGAUCUAUCUGUUGUAGAGAGAUUAACACAGAAGCUGUGUCUUAGGAGCCUUCAUCAUCUGUGUGGGGAUACCCAUAUUUAUGUACAAAUACUGUAUCUGUGUCAUUUCUGAACUCCCAAGGGAAAUUUUUAAGUCUCAGUUCACCAAAAGGUUCAAUAUGAAUUGAUUCAGUGACCAUUUUCCUGCAGAAAAGUUGAAAUAAAUAGUAAAGCUUAGCUUUUGACUGGUGCUUAGACAUUUCCUAGUUCCAUUAACUCAAGCAGACAGCAGCACCUUAACCUGAAUCACACCUGUGAGGAAUUCACCUUCUAAAUUUGCUUUUGUUUUUCAUCUCCAGGGCCUUAAUAAAAGUGUGUUAAUGCACAGGACUAUUUUACAAUGCUAGCUCUAAAUAAUUUAUUUUUUAUUUCAAGAAAGAAAAAUACACCUUAGAAAAACAAAACCCAAGAUUUUAUUUUAUUUUUAAAGCCAUAUUUUUGUGCUGGUAGCACUUAGACUGUUCCAUAUGUGAGAUCCAUAUCUGCAUUUCAUUACCUGGGUUUGUUCUAAAAAAGAUUUAUUUUUGUUCUGUGAAUAAUUUUUGAUGGUUCUUGUACAUGUACAGAUAUAGAUACGUUUGAGGUCUUUUAUUGAUAAUCCUACAAAGAAUACAAAUAAACUUUAACUUUAAACAUUUCAGACUAACGUUACUACGGUAUGUGACAUAUUCCUCUCUUCCUUUGCAUGUGUCUGGGUGGUCAGGACACUUGGGGAAAGACCAGGGGGAAAUGUAUGCAGGAACAUUAUUCUAAAGGUAUAUUUUAAACAUUAAAAACAAUGCCUUAGAAUUUCCCAGCUUACAGGGAAGAAAUAUUUAGAUUCAGGACAAAUAGCGAGUAUGAACACAUGGUAUGGAGCUGUGAUAAGAGCCCAGAGAGCUCCUCAUUCUGGAGAAUUGAAAUCCCUUUACUGGGUUGUCACUGGUGAAGAAAGUGUUCACUCUCCUUGGAAGCAUGGCCCCCCUCAGCUUCCCGGAACACGACUGUCCUCUCUUAGUUCCCAGAGAGAUUAAUGGGGCUUGUUUCAGGAUUUUUGUUUUUUUGUUCUUGUUUGCUUGUCAUUCUCAAAGUCACUGUUCCCAAGUACCUCCACCUUCUCUUGUUUACCUAUUUCAUUCUAUAGAGUCACAGG